UAUUAACAUCUCAUAGCAAUUGGAAACGUUUGCGCGUAAUCAUGUCUACCGCACUCAGUUUGUUUUUGCUAUCAGUUUCAAUUAUGUAUAGUGACGCGGCUAAAAUACUGGCCAUGUUUCCAGUACCAUCAAUCAGCCAUCAAGUAGUGUUUAGACCUUACACUCAAGAAUUGGCUAGGAGAGGCCACCAAGUGACUGUUAUCACACCAGAUCCAGCCUUCCCGAAAGGAGGAACUCCAGCUAAUCUGACAGAAAUAGACGUUCAUGAUUUUUCUUAUGAAAUGUGGCAGUCUUUUUACAAAGUUACGUCGACUGGUGAAAAGGAUUUAAAUCAGCAAAUGACGACGGCGUUUACUAUUAUAGUGGAUAUUGUUGAGAUGCAACUGAAGUUGGAUGCGGUGCAGAAGAUUUUGAAGGAGGAGAAAUUUGAUUUGCUACUGGUAGAGGCUUGUGUGAAACCGGCGUUGGUGCUUUCCCAUGUGUAUAAGGUACCAGUGAUUCAAGUGUCGUCGUUUGGUCCUAUGAAUUUCAACGUGGAAACUAUUGGAUCAGCGUGGCAUCCAUUGCUCUACCCAGGGAUAUUAACUAAGCGUUCGGUUAAUUUAAGCAAAUGGGAGAAGCUUGAAGAAUUAUGGAACUUUUAUAGGAUCGAAAAUAUUUUGAAGGGUGUUGAAGAUUCGGAGAAUGAAAUGGCAAAACGAUUGUUUGGACCUGAUGUACCUACUAUGAGUGAAUUGAAGAAUAAUGUUCAUAUGCUGUUUUUGAAUGCUCAUCCGAUUUGGGAAGGGAAUCGUCCGGUGCCUCCUAGUGUUAUUUAUAUGGGAGGGUUACAUCAAAAACCUCAGAAAGAAUUACCUGCGGACCUCAAACAAUACUUAGACUCUUCAAAGAACGGCGUGAUAUACAUCAGCUUUGGUACAAACGUCCAGCCUUCACUACUACCACAAGACAGAGUUCAGCUGAUGGCCAAAGUGUUCUCUCAGCUGCCCUACGACGUGCUAUGGAAGUGGGACAAGGACGAACUGCCGGGACGCUCCAAGAACAUCAGGAUAUCUAAAUGGCUGCCGCAGUCUGAUCUUUUAAGGCAUUCUAAGAUCAAGUUAUUCAUAACACAAGGAGGUCUACAAUCAACAGAUGAAGCUAUAACUGCUGGAGUGCCUCUACUAGGAUUUCCAAUGUUGGGUGACCAAUGGUAUAAUGUGGAAAAAUAUGUCCAACAUAAAAUUGGAUUACAACUGGAUCUACUUUCAACGAAUGAAGAGGAAUUCAAGAAUGCUAUUAACACUAUUAUUAAUGAUGAAAGCUACCGAAAGAAUGUUCACAAGCUUCGCAGCGUGAUGUAUGACCAGCCUCAACCUCCUCUAGAGCGCGCCGUGUGGUGGACGGAGCACGUGCUGCGUCACGGCGGCGCGAGACAUCUGCGUGGACCUGCAGCCAACAUGUCGUGGGCAGAGUACCUCGAACUAGAAUUAGUAUUAAUUGUAUUAGGUACUAUCACUGGUAUCUUAAUAGUACUAUCAUUGAUAGCACACUACCUAUGGAAGUUUGUAAAGAUGCAAAUGAAAUAUAGCAAGUUAAAAGACAAUUGAUAGGUGUUAGUGAAGUAAGUUAUUUAUUAACCACCCUUUAAGGUGGAUUUGUGUGUAUGUUUAAAUGAAACAAAAAUAUGUAUUAAUAUUUUAUUUACUAGUAUAGAAACAACUGUGAUCAUUGUGUACAUAAAAAUAUACAAACAGAUAUUAUAAA